AUGGCACACCCGCCACACAACCUCCUGCCGACCCGAGGCCACUUCUUUUGCGGGCUGGCAAUAUCUGCUACUUUUUUCAAGAUACCCAGUGGAUGCCAGAACUCCCCACCUCCAUGGCCCCGAGGUCGUCGCCGCUCACCCGCCAUAAUGAGCGGCUUUUUGCGCAAAUACCGGCGCUCCGUCCCUAUAUAUCAACUCGGUACCACUCUUCAGACGGCCGUACACAUCUGA